AUGGCAGAAUUUGGGAACAACAACGGCACCAAUACGACGUCGCCUAGAUUCUCCUUUUUCAGCCGCUCCCGAACGACGCUUCGCAAGGAAAAGCCGCCCGAGCUGGAACGUUCUCUGACGAAGUUGACCGAAUCCCCCCGCGGCGGCAGCGUCGUCAAGAGGCUCUGCAACUUCUUCGAGUCCGUGAAACCUUCGUCUUCGGAACCACAACACCGCCACCACAGGCUCAAACCAUCGAAAUCGCUCGAAGCCUCCGAUUCCUCCCUCGAUUCGACGGUGAAAUCGAUCGAUUCCUCGCCGGUGAUUCGGUUACCGGGGACCGAGGAUCGGAUCGUGUUGUAUUUCACCAGCUUACGCGGGAUUCGAAGGACCUACGAGGAUUGCUACGCAGUGCGGAUGAUAUUUCGGGGAUUUGGGGUUUGGGUUGACGAGCGUGAUAUUUCGAUGGACGCAAAUUUCAGAAAGGAGUUGAUGAACGUGCUGGGGGAGAAUGGGAGGAGGAAGGAACACGUGGCGCUUCCGCAGGUGUUUAUCAGGGGGCGGCACGUGGGGGGUGCUGACGUGAUCAAGUACAUGUGGGAGGUGGGGGAGCUGAAAAAGGUUCUGGAAGGGUUGCCAAGGACAAAGGGUGGAUUUGUGUGUGAGAGUUGUGGGGAUGUGAGGUUUGCGCCUUGUGGGAAUUGCAGUGGGAGUAGGAAGGUGUUUGAUGAGGAUGAAGGGGUGUUGAAGAGGUGUUUGGAGUGCAAUGAGAAUGGGUUGAUAAGGUGUCCUAAUUGUUGCUCUACUUGA